AUGAACGCAGAGUCUUCGUCGCCACCGCCAUCUGAAAAUAAGGUAGACACAGAAUCGGCUCCUCACAAUAAAGAUGAUCCUCAAGGGGAAGCUUGGGGUUACGAUUUGUAUCCUGAAAGGAGGGGAACAUUUACUCCAAAAAUGACAAAUAUAUUAUUGGGAAAAGAGGGUAAAGAGGGCAUAGAAAAGUUUAAAUGCGAAAAAAAUGUGUACCAUUGUGUUAAAAAUAGUCCAAUUGUGAAAACUAUGAUGGCAGCUCUCAAAAGUUCUGGUUGUCCUAUUGAUAUAAGAAGACACAUAUCAUGUGAAGUUUGUGACUAUUCUGUUAGUGGUGGUUAUGAUCCCCAGUUGAAUCAAAUUGUGGUAUGCCAAAAUGUAUCCACAAGAAAAGGAAUGGUACAGGGUGUAUUGACUCAUGAAAUGAUCCAUAUGUUUGACUAUUGUCGAAACCAAUUGGAUUUCAAAAAUAUGGAACAUUUAGCAUGCACAGAGAUUAGAGCAGCUAACUUAACUCACUGUUCUUUUGUGAGUGCAUGGUCACAAGGAGACGCUUCUUGGGGUAAAAUAAAAAAGGCACAUGAGGAUUGUGUAAAAACUAAAGCAUUGUACUCAGUACUUGCUGUAAGACAAAUUGGGAAAGUAGAUGCAGUUGCUGUGAUUGAAAAAGUUUUUCCAAAGUGUUACAAUGAUAUGGAGCCCCUUGGCCGCAGGAUACGAAGAAACUCUGAAGACAUAUUCAGAGUGCAAAGAGAUGCAUCAUAUUAUGGUUAUACAUAA